AUGUCGUUGUCCAUACAGUUCCAGCAAGUACUCAAAGCCUUCACAAACCUUGAUUUCAUCUUGAAAGAGUCCAAACAUGUGAUUCUCCGAGCAGCAACAGGCUCUGGAAAGACACUCUGCAUGAUUUUACCAUUGCUUCUCUCCUCCAAGAUGAUGGCUAUCAUGGUUACACCUCUAAAAUCACUUCAAAAAGAUCAUGUCAAGGAGUUUGAGGAGUAUGGGAUUUGUUCGAUCACAAUUUGUUUUGUCAACCGCAUCGGUUUUUUCUUCAUUGAUGAAGCACACUUCAUUUCCACUGCUGGAUAA